GCCCUGCCCGGCUCCCCGCAGGCCAGGGGCUGGGCUCUCCCCGCUCCCCGCCGGGCGAGGCAGCGCCGGCCACCUCCCCUUCUGCUCUUCCUCCUCCUCCUCCUCUCUGCCAUCCUACUUCUGCGCCGGCACCUCUCCGGCUCCGCCGCUGCCCCCCGAGCCGCCGGGCUUCCCCCGGAGCCCAGCCCUACCCCGCCGCCCCCUCCCCGUCCCCGGCGCCGCCGCCGCUCGCACAAGAUGGCGGGGACCGUGGCCGAGCGGGACGCGCUGAAAAUAGAGGACGGGCAUUUAAACAACUCCCUGGGAUCCCCGGUUCAGGCUGAUGUGUACUUCCCUCGGCUGAUCGUCCCCUUCUGUGGACACAUCAAAGGAGGGAUGCGGCCGGGGAAGAAGAUCCUGGUGAUGGGCAUCGUGGACCUCAACCCCGAGAGCUUUGGCAUCAGCCUGACCUGUGGGGAGUCGGAGGAUCCUCCUGCGGAUGUGGCCAUCGAGCUGAAAGCUGUAUUCACAGACAGGCAGUUCAUCAGAAACUCGUGUGUAGCUGGAGAAUGGGGAGAAGAGCAGUCGUCUAUUCCUUACUUCCCAUUUAUACCGGACCAGCCUUUUCGGGUUGAGAUACUUUGUGAGCAUCCCCGUUUUAGAAUAUUUGUGGAUGGACAUCAGCUCUUUGAUUUUUACCACCGUAUUGAAACACUGUCAGCAAUUGACACGAUAAAGAUAAAUGGAGAUCUUCAGCUUACAAAACUUGGCUGAACUUGUUAGAACUGUAGAUUCCAAACCGGCUCAGGUGCCAUCGUCUGUGUGGAGAAGUGACAGCCGGCUCUGGACACAACCAUAGUAGGAAGGCUGUUCCUUCUCUGUGUGCAGUUCUUCACGCCUGUGCCGAUGAACUGGGCUGUUGUCUAAUUUAAUGAAGAACAUUGAUGGUUAAUAGACAUCGAGCCAUUUUUCUUUGAUCAAAAUAGCCCACUUGUGCUGGAUAAUCAAUGGAAUGGAUUCGGAAAGACUUGCAGUCUUGUUUCAAAUCUCACAGAAAGGCGAUUUCUGAAACACAGCACUAAAAUCAGUUACUGCACAGCAGUAACAACAACAAAAAAAGGUUUUUCUUUUGCAAAUAUUGUUUCUGCACUGAAGUGGAGUAGCGUAGCACAACGUAGGGCCACAUGUUGACGUCCUUACCCGGGGCCUGAGCCUGGUUCCACGGAAAUCAAUGGCAAAUCUGCUAUUCACUUUAUCGGGGUACAAUCAAACUGUUUAGUCCUUAGUCAAGCACAAUUCCCAUUGAUUUCUAUGGGAUUUUUGCACAUGCCCAGGGGCGAGAUCUGCUGCUGGUGUUGAUCAGCUAACCUCCAUGGCUUGCAGUGGCAUCCUGCUGAUUGCUCCCAGCUGCUGAUUUUGUCCAAGGACUGUGCAAAAAACUGAAUGAGGGUAUGAGGACACUAGCCUGUAUAUUUUAGUCAGGGUAUUUGCAUAGAAUGUAGAUUGUUACAAGUUUUUGCACAACGUACUGUUAAUACAAUUUUUAAAGCUUAUCUGUAGUUUAUUUAUUUAUACUCAUUGUAUGUAUUAGUAAAAACGAACAAUCUUACUGAUCGCUACGAACAGCAAAGUGUAAACAUUUUGAAUGUACAAAAUGUCUUGGGUUCUUUGGGUAAACUCUACAUAUCGUUCUGGAAAAUUCAUGUUUCGUAUUGAACAUUGAGUUACAUUUUAACGGAGCCCUCUGGGCCCUGGGAAAAUGUGGGCAUGGUACAUGGUGGGAGCUUUUUGCAUAUAUUCACUAAACUGUUUUUCAGGGCUUACUAACUUUGCUGUGCAGGAUAGGUUUGAGUUAAAGUCAAUCUGUUUUUAAAAAUUAAACAGCAAAUUUGUAGCUGUGCUUUUAUAACUUGAGAAGAAGUAAAAUUUGGCAGUCUCUUAGCUCAGCAAGAGAACUAGCCUCUUUCCAGGGGAGAUGGGAGAUGUUUUUUGCACUCGUUUGAGAACAUAUUCGGCCUUUGAUAUGACAAUUAAAACUUGUCUAGACAGCCAAGUUAUUAAUGCUUGAAAAUCAUCUACUGCACAUGAAUAAUAACUUUUCAAGUAGCUUUUUAACUAGUAGGUAUAGCUGUAUAAACAGAGUCAUUGUGCUACACUAUAAAUGAACACAACCACUUUUCUUGACUUCUUUAGGAGUAAAAGCUCUUUUUCCUUGGCUGCUCACAGUAGACCACGGCAAGUCUUUCUGAGUAGUUAUAAUCAUGAUAUAAACAUAUAUUUAGGCAAUUUUGAAGACAUGUAAUGUAGGGACACAGAAUAUAAAAGCAUCAUUUGUAGCACAGUAUUAAAAAAAAAAAAGAGAGAAAAAAUAAUCUCACAAACAGAGCUUGCAAUAAAGAAGUGUUUCAAAGCAACCAGAACUGGAAUAUCCAAAGUGAAGGGUAGAAUGCCAGUUGCAAAGCCUCAUUUUGUGCUAAUUUGGCCUGCAGUUAAGAAGCCUUAGACUGCAAGCUGAAAUUCCAGCUAUGGCUCUAGUCCAAAGGCUGCUGAGGUCAACCAGAGUCCUCUGAGCACAAAGGCAUAGAAGCCUGAUUCUUACUUCACUCAAGUGCAGAUCUCUCUGUGAAGCCAGGGGGUGCUGCUGUGAAUGAGGUAAGAAUUGGGUUCCCACCUACAAAAUGAGUGAAUAAUGGAAAUUUUAGCCUUAAGAUUGAAGCCCCCUAACUUUUUUUCCUUUUUCAAAAUUAAGUGAAAACCUGUUGUUUUCCAGAUGGUCUUUUUAUCUGGUGUAUGGCUUCUAAGUUGUACAUCAGAUUCUGUUUGUACUUCGGAUUGAAUCUCAAUAUGAAAUGUUCCUGUCUUGCUCUGUUUUUACUCUUCUCCAUGAUUCAUGAUGACUGUGUCAUUUUUCAUCGUAUAAAGAAUGCUGACAGUGUUUUGGUACAAAAUAUAUUCUUAAAAAUGGUGAUAAUAAAAAUCCAAGGGAAAGGUGCUUCCACAUGAGCUGUUCGGAUUUUUCUCCAGCUUUGGAACAGUCUGUAGCUCCAAAGCAGAUGCAAGCAGAAAAUGAAUUCUGUUUGGAGAGAUGUUUGAUGCCCACCCUGUCUAGUCCUUUCUCUAACUAUACAUGUGAAGCCAUGUUUUGUGAUGCAGAGCCAUUGCCUGAGGCUGUCUUGCUACUCCAGAGGGCCACACAGUAGGAGGCUGGAAAGAGCAGCACUGUGACCCUGCAGUAGCACAAAACCCAAAAAGAUCUGACAGCACAAGGCCAAUAGAGAUUCCUGCUCCAUGCCUUUGCUGUAGCCCAGAAUAAGGGGGUUUGGCUGACUUGAAUUUUCAGCCACUUGAGACUCCAGGUAGCUGCAGUAGCUUAGUGCAGCCCUCAGAUUUUUCAUGACCUGUACGGUCUUGGCGCAGCUCAGAGUGUAGGCCGAGGAUGCUGAGAUGAACUCUACAGAGGUCUCUGUCAGCAGCAAAGACCUGGUGAUAACCAUCCUGCCUAUUUUCCCACCUGCUGUACCAGAACUAGUUGGUUCCUGCUCCAGUAGUCAUCUGGUUCAGCAAAAUGCUAUUUGGAACCUCGUUCUUGUUUUGCCUAACUCAACUGACUGUGGCACCCACCGCCUGCUUCUGCCCCAUCGUGGUAUCUGAGCAGGGCUUAGAGGCAAAAAGAGCUGUAAAUCCACUUUUGCUGGGCCGUGGUUUGGCUGAGAGCUCAAGAAAGGGCAGAAAGUCACAUUUAGAGUUUCCACAUCUAUUUGUGUGUUUAACAGAAUGUUGGAAGCCUUUUUCUUUUGCUCUUGGGCAGUACCAGGAAGGAUGAUGGCUCUGUAACCAAGGGCUGUCCCACGUGUUGUUGGUUUACUUGGCUAACUGCAUUCAGAAGCUGGUGCAGUGCAGGUCAGAGAAAACUUGGGCCUUAAAUGUUUCUGUUCAGUUAGACUUUGAGCUAAACCCAAAUGUUUAAGAUGGGAGACUGCUGUAAAAUUUAUAUCUGAAUUCUGUCUCCAGAAUUUAGGGAUUACACACGUUCGUUUGGGGUAUAAGCCCUACUAGACAUGAAAUCAGACUGUUUCCAAACUGGGACAGUCAUUGGGUUUUCAAAAUGCUUUUCAGUAGGCAGUAGUAGUCUGUGAACUACUUGGAAGCUGCAGUUCCUCAGGAGCAAGUGUGUGUGUUAGCCCACUUUUGAGAUCUUCUGCUAGGAUCUAUGAGCUAAAUAUUUCUGCAGUUUCCUCUAAAUGAGGAAAUUAUUUCUGAAAUGAAAGAAGUCUUGAAUGGGUAAAAGGUUUGCAGUGUAAUCCCUCAACUUAGCAUAGCUUUAUUAUUUUUUCCAAAAAGGAAAAAAACAAAAAAAAAUACCAAAAAUAUCCAUCCCUGAAUUACACAGUUAAAUUUGGAAUUGGCUGUGAUAAAGCUGAUGGUUUUUUCUUCCUCUCCUCUCCUCUCCUCUCCUCUCCUCUCCUCUCCUCUCCUCUCCUCUCCUCUCCUCUCCUCUCCUCUCCUCUCCUCUCCUCUCCUCUCCUCUCCUCUCCUCUCCUCUCCUCUCCUCUCCUCUCCUCUCCUCUCCUCUCCUCUCCUCUCCUCUCGAAAUAUGAGUUUAUUGACUACUCAGAAAGAGCCUUGAAAUAUGCUGGGUGAUGUGAGGCAGUCUGUCUAAACAUAUUUCACAUAAAUGCUUUUUCACAGUCAAGUUGUAAAAAUGUUACAAAACACCUUCUUUUUGUGGCACAACUAGAAAUGGUUGCCCCACCUUGAAAGAACAUUUUGUCCUAAAUAUUCAUGUGUUGUCUCUGUGAACUUGCACUAACAUAUAUUAUAUUCUCCCUCCCCUCCUUGACUAGCUUGAGAAAAAAUAGGCGUAAUAUUGCUAAACCGGUUGAAUGUAACAUCUGCUUGAGGCACAGCAUCUUUCUCAAGGGCUGUUUUGAGUAAACAGCCUGAAAACCAAAGAGAGAGCCUGAUUCACCAUAAUGCUGUGCCAGCUUUCCACCCUUGUCACUCUCCUGAAGUGAGGCUGAGACUGAAACCCUGAGAUUUUCAUGUGAGAGAGCAGCACUGAGAUUUUAUCUUCUGGAUUUAAAAACAUUCACUAUGGAGGAAAUGAGAACAGAGUAGCCACAGCACUUCCAAGCUUGCUACUGGUGGUGUUGUAGCGUGAUGUACUGUAGUCCUAAUGGAACAUGAGUUUAGAGAGAGGUACUGGGCAUUUCAGAGGCCACCAAGGGCCCAGUUCUGCAGAGCCAGUAGUGGAGGCUCUGAGCAGCCUUCCAGCACCCUAGAAUGGAGAUGACAGUGUGAGCAGGCAGAGUCAAGCUGAGGGCUGACCUAAAUGCUCACCAUGACAAGUACAGAAGUUUCAAAGAAAAGCUUUUUAUAUGUCCACCGAAGUCUAGGACUAUGCAGUGUAGUGCUGAAAUCUGUGGUCAUUCUAGGCUUUGUUCUAAUUUUCUCUCAUGGAUCAGAAAAUGUACAGGUAAAAGUUGCUGUACGGUGCGUGGGGUUAAAAUGAAGGCCAACCCAAAUGGGGAGAAAAAAUGAGCUACUGACGCUUUAUCUGGCUUUGAUACACCCUCCCAGCUCCUCCCAGCAAUCACUGCUGUUACAAAUAUGCACAAUUACUAUAACAAGGAGAUUCAGCAGCAUGUGCAAGAUCAAAAUAAUAAACUCAUGCUUUGCCGUGGGACUUCCUUAGCUUCUGUUGCUAGGCCUUUCCAUCUGUCUGUCAACAAAUAGCUAAAUCCUGCUGCCUUUAAUGUUCAUGGCAAAACGCCUUUUGACUUCCAUGAGAAUAUGUCUGUAAGAAAAGGGGUAAUUCCAGCCCUCUCAGCUGGGGAAUACUCUAACAAUCUGUUCUUUCCUUUUCCUGAAUUUAAGCAUCAAUAGAGGACUAUUUCUGUCUGCGUUAUUUGCUCGAGUAGAAUCAAUAGAAAGCACGGUCUCUCCCAGCUGCAGAAACACUGGCUUCGCAGUUGGCUGAUGAAAUGUUUUAUGUUCAUUAUCUUCUGAUUUUAAAAAGUGAGGAUGUGCACGAAAUGACGUGGCAAUAAUGUAAUGUGUACCGUUCACCACAGAUCUAUUUUUAUGUGUUGUGCCAAUUUCAUAAUGAACUUUUAAUAACAAUAAAAUGUAAAAUCUUCA